UCCGGUCAUCAGUCGUCAACGUCGACGUGUAGCAAAAUAUAGUGUACAUAUACCUACUUACUCAUGCCGGAGCCGAAUUAAACUUGUAGAGUUUCCGAGUUGUGGAUACCUGGAAAUUCUGGAUGGUGUGUGCAAGGAUCAUGGAUUCUAUGAACGUUUUUAAGUAUUAAUUAACGGCGGUUAGUUAGUACCGAGAGGGGAGCGUCGAUGCCGCUGCCUGUAGUGCUGCUGCUGCACUUGAAUCAUCGUAAACGGACUUGUCCGAAAGACAGCAGCAGCUCGCAUUAUCUGCAAGGAUUGAGUAGUUGAAGUUGGGACGCUAUCGCGAGACGGGUUUUUUUAGAUUUUUUAAUUGCAUUUUACAUACAUAUAUCGUGCGCGCGCGGGCGCGUGUGCGGCUUGUGUGCUUGAGUACGAUUGUGUGAGGAGGAGGACGAGCAGCAGCGGGGUUUGACUGGCGGAGGAGGCGGGCGGUCAUUAGAUACACGCAGACACAACGCCGCCUCGAGAAUGGCGUCCGACGAGGAGGUCGACGAGAACUUCGCUGGUGAAGACGAGGUAGAAGAAACUGGAAAUCAGGUGUCGAGUGUCGGACAGCCAGUUGAAGGUUCGACUGAUGCCGAGGAGUCGCAGCGUCUGGAGGAAGAUGACGACUACGAGCCCGAGGAGCGUAAGAAAAAGAAGGGUAAAAAGAGAAAAGCUCGAAGCGAAGACAAAAAGGGCAAAAAGAAGAAGAAAAAGAAAAAGUCCGACUCGGGUGAUGAAAGUGAUUUUGGCGGUGUCGGCGAAAAUGCCGAUUUGGGCGGUGGAGAAGACAGUGACUACGCGGCCAACCGCAAAAGCCGCAAGUCCUCGUCGCGCAAGUCGUCGAGUCACGCAGCCAGUGCCUCGGCAACACCGACACCUACUACCCAGGGUCAACAGGAACCUGCCACCGGCAUGCCAACGAUCGAGGAGGUCUGCAGCACUUUCUACCUCACCGACGUAAACAUACCCUACACAGACUCGGAUUUUCAAAACCUCACCACGUACAAGCUGUUCCAGCAACACGUUAGGCCAAUGUUGGCCAAGGAAAAUCCUAAGGUUCCAAUGUCAAAGCUUAUGAUGCUGGUUGCGGCCAAGUGGAGAGACUUUUCCGAAGCAAAUCCACACACGCAACCCGAAGUCGAGGCAUCGAACCAGUCUGUCGACGAGGAUAACAGAAGUGCGCGAGGGAAUCGCAGUAUUGUUAACCCAGAAGACGAGGAUGAGGAUGACGACGAGGAUAGCGAUCGUAAAAAAAAAUCACGUAGUUCCAGGACCAAGAAAGGCAAAAAGACGUCGAAGGUGCCAACGCUCAAGAUUAAGUUGGGAAAACGUAAAAGAGGUAGUUCGGACGAAGAGGUCGACGGGAGCGGUCCAGGUUCUGAUAGGGACUCGGAUAUGGAAUUUGAACAAAUGUUGGCCGACGCCGAAGACGCGCCGGCUACGGAGAACAACGCUAAACCAGAAGAAUCGAGUGCCGAGACGCCAGCUGAUCCGCCUGUUCGCAGAAAGGCCAAGACUAAAAUCGGUAACAAAACAAAAAAGAAAAAGAAGACCAAGACUACGUCAAAAUUCCCUGAUGGAGAGACUGAUCAUCAAGACUAUUGUGAAGUGUGUCAACAAGGGGGAGAGAUUAUUUUGUGUGAUACCUGUCCUCGAGCUUAUCAUUUGGUCUGUUUGGAACCCGAGCUGGAAGAGACACCAGAGGGAAAGUGGAGUUGUCCACAUUGCGAGAACGAAGGUGCAGUGGAGGACGACGACGAGCACAUGGAAUUCUGCCGGGUGUGCAAGGACGGUGGUGAACUGCUGUGUUGCGAUAGCUGCACAAGCGCCUACCAUACGCACUGCUUGAACCCACCGUUGUCCGAAAUCCCGGAUGGUGAUUGGAAGUGUCCACGAUGCUCGUGUCCUCCAUUAUACGGUAAGGUGGCCAAGAUUCUUACCUGGCGUUGGAAGACUGUAGACCCAACGGGCGACGAGCCCUCAACGAGUAAGGCAGCUGCCAAGCCCCGCCGCAUCCGCGAGUUCUUCGUUAAGUGGACUGAUCGCUCUUAUUGGGAAUGCGAUUGGGUGACCGAGCUCCAGCUUGAUGUGUUUCAUCCACUCAUGUUUAGAAAUUAUUCACGCAAGUAUGACAUGGACGAGCCACCUAAGCUAGAGGAACCACUCGACGAGGCUGACACGCGUGUCAAGCGUUUAAAAGACCACCAAGAUAAAGAUAGCAAUUUAGAACAGCUCGAUCUCGAGGAGCGGUUUUAUCGUUACGGUGUCAGACCCGAUUGGUUAGUCGUGCAUCGAGUUAUCAAUCACCGAUUGCAGCGUGACGGCAGAGCGCUGUAUUUGGUCAAAUGGCGUGAACUGGGUUAUGAUCAGUCGACCUGGGAAGACGAAAACGCCGACAUUCCGGGCCUGAAGCAGGCUAUGGAAUAUUACGUGGAUCUGCGAGCAGCUAACUGCGCCGACGGACCCCCCUCUAGAAAGGGUAAAAAAGGCAAGGGUAAAAAGUCUAAGACGAAGGAGAUUAUCGACGACGAGGAGAGACAGCCGAGGAGGUACACGCCACCCCCCGAAAAACCGACCACUGAUCUCAAAAAGAAGUACGAGAGGCAGCCCGAUUACCUCGACAUGACUGGCAUGCAGCUUCAUCCCUAUCAGCUCGAAGGCUUGAAUUGGUUGAGAUAUUCAUGGGGCCAAGGCAUAGACACUAUCCUUGCUGACGAGAUGGGUCUCGGCAAAACUAUCCAGACCAUCACGUUUCUCUAUUCACUAUACAAAGAGGGUCACUGCAAGGGCCCAUUCUUAGUUUCCGUACCUUUGUCAACCAUCAUAAAUUGGGAAAGAGAAUUUGAAACAUGGGCACCAGACUUUUAUUGUGUUACUUACGUCGGUGACAAAGACAGCCGUAUGGUUAUUCGUGAAAACGAGCUAUCCUUUGAAGAGGGCGCGGUGCGUGGAGGACGGGCAUCCAAAAUUCGCUCAUCUUCGAUCAAAUUUAAUGUUUUACUGACAAGCUACGAGUUGGUCUCGAUCGACUCGGCGUGUCUGGGUUCUAUCGACUGGGCCGUGCUCGUCGUUGACGAAGCUCAUCGUCUCAAAUCGAAUCAGUCCAAAUUCUUCAGGCUGCUAGCCUCCUACAAUAUUGCCUACAAACUCCUGCUCACGGGUACACCGCUGCAGAACAAUCUCGAGGAAUUGUUCCAUCUGUUGAACUUUUUGUGUCGCGAUAAGUUUAAUGAUCUGGCAGCUUUCCAAAACGAGUUCGCUGAUAUUUCGAAAGAGGAUCAAGUGAAAAAGUUACACGAAAUGCUGGGACCUCACAUGCUGCGUCGAUUAAAGGCCGACGUACUCAAGAAUAUGCCCAGUAAAUCCGAGUUCAUCGUGCGAGUCGAGCUGUCGCCGAUGCAGAAGAAAUACUACAAGUACAUUCUGACGCGCAACUUCGAGGCUCUGAACCCAAAGGGCGGCGGCCAGCAGGUUUCGCUGCUCAACAUAAUGAUGGACCUGAAAAAGUGCUGCAACCAUCCGUACCUGUUUCCAGCUGCGUCGCAAGAAGCACCCACUGGCCCAAAUGGCAAUUACGAGUCCUCUGCCCUCAUAAAGGCUGCAGGAAAGCUCGUUUUGCUCAGCAGAAUGCUAAAGAAGUUGCGCGAUGACGGCCACAGGGUACUUAUUUUCUCGCAAAUGACUAAAAUGUUGGAUCUGCUUGAGGAUUACCUUGAAGGCGAGGGCUACAAAUACGAAAGGAUCGAUGGCAACAUCACUGGUACUCAACGACAAGAAGCCAUCGAUAGAUUUAACGCGCCUGGCGCUCAACAAUUCGUCUUUUUGCUCUCCACCAGAGCUGGUGGCUUAGGUAUCAAUUUGGCUACGGCUGAUACUGUGAUAAUUUAUGACUCCGAUUGGAAUCCACACAACGAUAUUCAGGCGUUCAGCCGAGCUCAUCGCAUUGGUCAGGCCAACAAGGUCAUGAUUUACCGCUUCGUCACGCGUAACUCGGUAGAAGAGAGAGUUACUCAGGUAGCCAAGCGUAAGAUGAUGCUCACGCACUUGGUAGUGCGUCCCGGUAUGGGUGGCAAGGGCGCAAACUUUAGCAAACAAGAACUGGACGACAUUUUACGUUUCGGUACUGAAGAGCUGUUCAAGGAGGAAGAGGGCAAAGAGGACGAAGCUAUUCACUACGAUGACAAGGCUGUUACCGAGCUGCUUGACCGCAGCAAGGAAGGUAUCGAGCAAAAGGAAAAUUGGGCCAAUGAGUACCUUAGUUCGUUCAAAGUGGCUUCGUAUGUAACCAAGGAAGGUGAGACGGAGGAAGAGGCCGACACUGAGAUUAUCAAGCAAGAAGCCGAGAAUACCGAUCCCGCUUACUGGAUAAAAUUGUUGCGACAUCACUACGAGCAGCAACAGGAAGACAUUGCCAGGACGCUUGGCAAAGGGAAGCGUGUCAGGAAGCAGGUAAGCAGAUAUGUCAAUUAUAACGAUGGUGCCGUGACCGGUGAGCAAGGUACACGAGAUGAUCAGCCCUGGCAAGACAACAUGUCGGACUACAACAGUGACUUUAGUGCUCCAAGCGAUGACGACAAAGAAGAUGAUGACUUUGACGAAAAGGGCGAGGGUGAUUUACUGUCUCGUCGCAGUCGUCGUCGACUGGAACGCCGUGAUGAAAAGGACAGACCAUUGCCACCAUUGCUCGCUCGGGUCAACGGCAACAUUGAGGUGUUGGGAUUCAAUGCGCGUCAGCGUAAAGCCUUCCUCAAUGCUAUUAUGCGAUAUGGAAUGCCACCUCAAGACGCUUUCAAUUCGCAAUGGCUUGUUCGUGAUUUACGUGGAAAAUCUGAAAAGAACUUCAAAGCAUACGUGUCCCUGUUUAUGCGUCAUUUGUGCGAACCCGGGGCUGACAAUGCUGAGACAUUUGCCGAUGGUGUUCCACGUGAAGGCUUAAGCCGACAACACGUGCUCACGCGUAUCGGUGUCAUGUCGCUGAUACGCAAGAAGGUUCAAGAAUUUGAGCAUAUUAAUGGCUACUAUUCGAUGCCAGAGAUGAUUCGUAAGCCAGUAGAGCCUAUCAAACCGGCCAUCGGCGAUGCCGCGAACGCUGCCAUUGUAUCUGCAACUGCGACCGCCACAACGACGGCCACGGCAACGGGUAAUGAUGGAAGCGCGACGACUGGCUCGACAAGCAGUACGGGAGUCAUUGCAAUGCCUGUGCCGUCGGAUGCUCCGAGUCCGAACACUGCUGCUAUCCCUGCACCAGGUGAUGCGGCGGCUGCCAAAGAUGAAUCUAAGGAGAAAGACACGAAUUCUGAAGAAAUUAAGGAGAAAAAAGAUACUUCGGAAUCUCCUGUAAAGGAGAAUUCGAAAGAUGAAGAAAAAUCCGCGACAGGUGGAGAAGAAAACAAAAUUAAUGACGAAGCAAAGAAAGAAGAAAAAGAAUCGGCUGAUAAUGAGAAAAUAUCAAUGGAGGCUAAGGAUGGUGAAAAAACAGACGUCAAAGAUGAAAAGAGCCGAGUCAAGGAUGAAAAACCAGCUAAGGAUGAGAAACCUGUUGAAAAUGCGGAAAACAAGAAAAUCGAAAUUGAAGAUGACGUCGUAAUCGUCAAAGACGACGAGGAGGAAUUGAGUGUCGAGAAGAAGGAUGAAAACAAGGACAAGGACAUGAAGGAUAAACACUCAAAGGAAAAUGAAGAAUCCAAGCCCAAGCGCAAAUUUAUGUUCAACAUCGCGGAUGGCGGAUUUACGGAGCUUCACACGCUUUGGCUGAAUGAAGAAAAAGCGGCGGUUCCUGGGCGAGAAUACGAGAUAUGGCACAGGCGUCACGAUUACUGGUUACUUGCCGGAAUCGUAACUCAUGGUUAUGGUCGUUGGCAAGAUAUCCAGAACGAUAUCAGAUUCGCAAUCAUCAAUGAACCCUUCAAAAUGGAUGUCGGCAAAGGCAACUUUCUCGAAAUCAAGAACAAGUUCCUCGCACGGCGUUUCAAGCUUUUGGAGCAAGCUCUUGUUAUCGAAGAACAGUUGCGACGUGCUGCAUACCUUAAUCUCACUCAGGACCCCAACCACCCAGCUAUGAGCCUAAACGCUAGGUUUGCUGAAGUUGAGUGUCUUGCUGAGUCUCAUCAACACCUCAGUAAGGAGAGUCUGGCUGGCAACAAACCUGCCAAUGCUGUAUUGCACAAGGUACUAAAUCAAUUAGAGGAAUUGUUGUCGGACAUGAAGUCGGAUGUGAGCCGACUGCCAGCUACGUUAGCUCGCAUUCCCCCAGUUGCUCAGAGAUUGCAGAUGUCUGAACGAUCGAUUCUGAGUCGCUUAGCAGCCACGGCGCCUGGUAGCAACAACUCCCAAACCGGUCAGGCUGCGUUACUUGCACAACAAUUUCCCCCCGGUUUCACCGCUGGUCAACUACCAUCAACGUUCGCGGGUGCAGCUAACUUUGGCAACUUUAGGCCACAGUAUUCUGUACCAGGGCAGCCUCCACAAGGAUUUGCAGCUUGAAAACUCGAGGAUUCAAUGGAGAUACGCUAAACAUCAGACUACCCAUAACGUCCGAUAGAAUUCUGUUUUGAGCUUAUUUCAGGCUGAAAAAUGGAAUGGACGGCGAGGGCACGCUGUGUAAUCUUAUUUUUCGUAAAACUUCACAUUCACACAAACAAAUCACACAAGACACUGUUUCUAGCUAGAUUUUUACUAGAUAAGGACCUUUUUGAGGAUGUGCGCUAGACGUUAAUUAGUUUGAAAAAAAAAUAUUGAUAAUAUCCUACACAUUCAUUCAAAUGUAAUGUAAUUUUUUCUGUGUUUAUUAUGUGUAUACAUUCAUCGAACAAUUUUAAGAAAAGCAACCUUUUUGUAUUGUCAAGAUGAUUUAUGGAUUAACUUUAUUAGAUAAACUUUAUUAGUUAAGCGAUCGAAAUUCCUCCUGAUCAGUAAUGAUCUAUGAAAAAAAGCGCCCACGUUUCGUACGUUAUAAGUACACAUUACUUAAAUUUAUUUAAGCAAAAAUUGUAUUUUUACUCGAAGAUUUAGAUUAAACUUUGUUCAAGGAUUUAA